UUCUAGAGCGCCCACUGAGCGCAGUGACGGCAGGCUGGAGUUCGUAAAGCGACGGAGGCAAAAUUGCUAGGCGCCGUGCGGCUGGGGCAACAUCCAGAUCAUCUCAUUCCCCUUUUCAUUGUUGCCCCUGCCCCCUUUGCCCUUUUAAUGAGGGUUAAACUAAUCUUAAAGAAAUAUGCUUAGAGCCCGCGUUCCUUCCUUGUAAAUGAUCGUUGGCAGUGCUUGAGUCAGCGGGUUCGCAUCUCCUGAAAGUAGCGGAUUUCUCUCUUUCUCUCAACGUUGAAAAUAUCGCUCUCCUAGACAAACGCGUCGAGUAAACAAGUUCAUAAAUGGUGGAAGCCAUUGUGGAGUUUGAGUACCAGGCCCAGCACGAUGACGAGUUGACCAUCGCUGUCGGUGACAUCAUCAGCAACAUCAGGAAGGAUGAAGGGGGCUGGUGGGAAGGGGAGCUGGACGGUCGAAGGGGUGUCUUCCCCGACAAUUUCGUCAGGGAGAUUAAAAAGGACUCUAAAAAGGAGGUAAAGAAGGAGUCGAGUUUGGCCGGAUCCAAAUCAGACCUGUCCAAUGGCAGUGCAAGCCCAAAAUCAGAGCCGAGCCUCAGAUCAGCCAAGAAAGGUGAGGCGAUACGAAAACGACGUUGCAAAGCUGCCUUUAGCUACGCGCCACAGAAUGAAGAUGAGCUGGAGCUGAAGAUCGGAGAUGUUAUCGAGAUUCUGGGAGAAGUGGAGGAGGGCUGGUGGGAAGGCAGUCUGGAUGGGAAAACUGGAAUGUUCCCCUCAAAUUUCACCAAGGAGCUGUUCAAUGAGACAGAGGACCUGACCCCACAGGACGACUCCCGAAGCACAAAAACCAGUAUAAAGGACAGCACUGGUUCAGAGAGUGACGGCGGGGAAACUAGCAGUUUACGGUCUGAUACUGGCAGCGUGUCUUCAGCCUCUGAGAUUCAACCCAAAAAGGUUCGGGGGUUUGGCUUCGGGGACAUCUUCAAAGAUCAACCCAUCAAACUCCGUCCACGAUCCAUGGACAUGGAUAGUGAGGCAGAGAAGACUCAAAUGGUGAAGAAAGUGGCGCCAGCCAUUGCCCAGGAAACCAUGAAGGCAGAGCCGGAGAACAAGACCAAAGCCAAGGAGUUUUGCAAAGUUAUUUUCCCGUACGAUGCUCAGAACGAAGAUGAGAUGACAAUCAAAGAGGGAGAUGUUGUUACGAUUAUCAGUAAGGAUUGCGCAGAUGCCGGUUGGUGGCUUGGAGAGCUGAACGGCAAACAGGGAGUUUUUCCGGACAACUUUGUGAAGUUAUUUAUUCCUGAAGUAGAGAAAGAGAGACCUAAGAAACCCCCUCCACCAGCGGCACCGACCACUAAACACAUCACAGACAAAAAGACAGAGGCGAAAAAGGUCCCACCAGAACGGCCCGAAUUUCUCCCACACAGAUCCGAAGAUAAAAGUGAUGAGACGAAGUUGCCAGAGAUUGCGAAGCCCUCCCUUCCAGCUGUCCUUCCAAAGAAGCCCCUCCCACCGAAGAACAACAACAACUCUACCAAUCGACCGGCAUCUCUGCCGCCCAAACGCCCGGAGAGACCAGCAGUGCCCAAUAUACCGUGUGACAGUCCAAAGUCUGAAAGCAGUGUAACCGCUGACCGAGGCUCCACAGAUAAACCCAUAGAUAUCGAUGUAGAAGACUUCGACUCCAUCAUCUUGUCCACAGAGAAGCUGAGCCAUCCGACGGCAUCGCGUCCGCGUGUGACGGACCGACGGCCACGGUCGCAGGUCUUCGCGUCUUCCUCUCUCUCUAGUCCUGACCUCCUGGACUCCCCAUCUCCAGAGGAGGAGAGGAGAGACAAGGAGGAACAUGACCCAUUCACUCCUAAAACUAUUGACAACUCCAAGAAGAUGCCCAAGGCAGUGCCAGUCAUUACAGCACGCGAGAAAACACCUCUGCCUCCCAAGCCCACCGUUCCAUCCUCAUCCGGUUCCAGUGGUCCUUCUCUCCAACAGGGCAUCGCUAGUCUACGGCCCCAUUCUCCUGAUGCCAAAGGGAAAAACGAACAGGGCGCCGCCACACUGGAGGAACUCAAAGCACAAUUACGAGAGCUGAGAGGAACCGUGGAGCUGAUGAAGAGCCAGCACAAACAAGAAAUCAAGCAGCUGGUUAGUGAGCUGGAUGAAGAAAAGAGGAUUCGUAUAUCACUGCAGAUGGAAGUGGAGCAGAUUAAGAAAUCCCUGUCCAAAUGAACUCUGGAUGAAGAAAUGACAUGAAGGAUUGGGCUGAGAUCUCUGACUGUGCCAAAAAAAGAACAAACAUUUAUCAGAACAACUGCUUAAAAACAACCCCCAUUUCACUUUUACUUUUGUUUGUGUGCUUGUGUUUAAAGAAGCUUGUUUUUUUGCGCGUUAUGCUCGAACCGGGCACUGAUUCGCUGACCCAUUGCCUGGAUGUGGCCUUACUGUGGGUCAUGUGACUCAAAGGUGAUGAGGGCCCGCACCUGAAGACAGGUGAUGUUGGUUGCCGUGGGGAUUAGCUGGUCUUCUGCACAACAAUGACUCAGUUACCCCAGUACUCUCUCUGGUACUGCCUCUGAACGUAAAUCAGAGAAAACGUCUAAUGAAGAGAUCGAAUCAAAUGAAGAGAGAUCGGUGCAUUUCAAAUACUGUUCACCUUAAUUUCGUUUCUUUAGCCUAUGAGGCCUUCUGUUAUUUUAUUAUAUGCAAAGGUGCGUUUAAAUUCACACCUCUUGCGGAUUUCAAAGCAACCCAACACUGAGGCCUUGUUUAUUUGGAACGUUCCAAACUUUUCUUUCGUUUCUGUUUCACUUAUGUUGGUCAUCAUGACAAUGAGAAAACUCACAUUUUCUUUUCUUCGAAAUCUAUAUAUACUUUUAUAUUUUAAUGUACUAAAUGCAAUUAUGUGUGCAGAUUUUAUUAAAAAAAAUCAUUGAAAAAGUU